AGGGCUCGUCUUUCACAAGAGGCGUUGCUCUUCGUCUGUAGCGCUUCUCUGCGAGCAAAACACAAAUUUCCGCUUCCUGCAACGGUAAACAAGUAGAGCAACUUAAGAGUUUGACGGUGAACGGCGGGUGCGACUGUCUCGAUCAGCAGAACCGAGCCUCGGUCCUCGUGGACGGAUGAUUGAGCUGCAGUAGAGGAUCGGUGCUCCGACAAACCGUUUUAUUCGGGUUUUCUUCAUUGUUUCCAAACAUAAGGUUCCUCCAGUAUGUCGGAUCGGGGAGGGCUCCCGAGGACUGGAGGCGUACCGUCUCCGCAGCCCUCCAAACCGGUGGCGAUCACCUCCAAUCGGCCGGUGCACAUGAAUCUGUACGCCACCUGGGAAGUGGACCGAUCGUCCCCGAGCUGCGUGCCGAGGCUCUUCAAUCUGACUCUGAAGAAGCUGGUGAUGCUGAAGGAGCUGGAUAAAGAUCUGACGUCUGUGGUCAUCGCUGUCAAACUGCAGGGCUCGAAGCGAAUCCUCCGUUCCAAUGAGAUCGUGUUGCCAUCGAGCGGUCAAACAGAGACAGACCUGCAGCUGACCUUCUCCUUACAGUACCCACACUUCCUGAAACGAGACGCCAACAAGCUGCAGAUCAUGCUGCAGAGGAGGAAGAGGUACAAGAACAGGACCAUCCUGGGCUACAAGACGCUGGCGCUCGGCCUGAUCAACAUGGCCGAGGUGAUGCAGCACCCCACGGAGGGCGCUCAGGUGCUGGGUCUGCACAGUCAGCUGAAGGAGGUGUCCGUCCCGGUGGCUGAGAUCCGGGUCUAUUCUCUGUCCAGUCAGCCCAUCGACCACGAGGGACCUAAAGCCAAGAUGAACGAUCGUUCUCCAGACAUUGAUAACUACUCUGAGGAAGAGGAAGAGAGCUACUCGUCUGAGCAGGAGGGCAGCGACGACCCCGUUCACCCUGUCCAUUAUCUCGAUGAUGAAGAGGACGAGGUGAGGAAGAAGAAACCCAGACGCAAACUUACUUCCAACGCCUCCAUUACUAGACAACCGAACAUCAAGCAGAAGUUUGUGGCUCUGCUGAAGAGGUUUAAGGUGUCAGAUGAGGUGGGUUUCGGGCUGGAGCACGUGUCCCGGGAGCAGAUCCAGGAGGUGGAGGAGGAUCUGGACGAGCUCUAUGACAGUCUGGAGAUGUACAACCCCAGCGACAGUGGACCGGAGAUGGAGGAGAACGAUAGCAUCCUCAGCACUCCCAAACCCAAGCUCAGGCCGUUCUUCGAGGGAAUGUCCCAGUCGAGCUCUCAGACGGAGAUCGGGAGCUUGAACAGUAAAGGCAGUCUGAACCGAGAGCCCUUCAGCCCCAGUGAUCAGCCGGCGUCAGAUAAGCUCAGACACUCUCGGAGCCGAACCCUGGACGAGCCUCUGUCUGAGACCGACACACUGGAACUGACCGAUCAGGAGUUGUUCAGUGAUGUCGGACCGUCUAUAACAGUGUCUGUGGCUGAAAAACCACGAACACCCUUAAAAACCAGCAAGAACGAGCUUCAGUCCUUGCCGUCACCCAGAUUGGACGGAGGACAAACACCCCGUAAGCGCUGCACUCCUGUGAAAGAGCGUCAGCUCUCCAAACCGCUGAGCGAACGAGCCAACAGCUCCGACAGCGAGAGAUCUCCUGAGCUCGGACACAGCACACAGGUCCUCAGGAAGGCUGUCUAUGAUCAGUUGAAUCAGAUCCUGUUUUCUGAUGCUGCUCUUCCUGAAAGUCUCAUCUUGAUCAAUGGCACAGACUGGCAAGGACAGUAUGUUGCGGAGCAGCUUCAGCUUCAGAAGCAUCCUGUGGUCUGUACGUGUUCUGGAGCAGAGAUCCAGGCCGUUCUCUCGGCGCUGCUCACUCGGAUACAGAAAUUCUGUAACUGUAACUCGUCGAUGCCGCGGCCGGUGAAGGUGGCGGUAGUCGGAGGUCAGAGUUAUCUGGGAUCAGUACUGCAGUUCUUCGUCACUCAGCUGGCCAACAAGACGUCUGAUUGGCUCAAUCACCUCCGCUUCCUGGUGGUGCCUCUGGGUUCUCAUCCUGUUGCUAAGCACCUGGGUGCCCUUGACAACCGUUACAGCGCAGCCUUCCUGGACGGAGCCUGGAGAGACACAUUCAACCGAUCAGAGCCACCGCAGACAGGUACACACACACGCGCGCACACACACACACACACACACAUUCACACCACACACACUGAUCCAUUCCGAAGCUGUGUAACCCAUCAGCUGGUGUGUGUUGUAGAUGCGGUGGACGUGGCUGCGCGUGUGUCUCAGUACAUCAGCGGAGCGGCUCUCACACACCAGCUGCCCAUCGCUGAGGCCAUGCUGACCUGCAAACACAGAACGAGAGAUGAAGAUUCCUACCAGAAAUUCAUUCCCUUCAUCGGGGUGGUGAAGGUGGGUUUGAUUGAGCCGGGCCAAUCAUCAGCAGUUGACCCUGAAGAGGGCGUGGCUGUUAGUUUAGCCGUCCCCUCCACGUCUCCGCCCUCUCACGGCUCACCCAGCAGUCUGAAGGAGAUGGCCACGCCCCCCUCGUCUCCGUCCAUGGGCGGAGGUUUGGCUGUGCAGGGGAGUCCCAGCAUGCCUCACGGCGGGGACGCCAUCGGUCUGCAGGUGGAUUACUGGCUGGCGUCUCUGGCGGAGAAGCGGCGCGAGGGCGAGAGGAAAGAUGCCAGCAAUAAGAACACCCUGAAGAGCGCCUUCUGGUCACUGCAGGUCAGCCGUCUGCCAGGAGGAGGAGCCAGCGAGCCACAGGCGCCGCUCAACACUAUGGCCAUGACCGUGGUCACCAAAGAGAAGAACAAGAAAGUUCCCACUAUUUUCCUGGGGAAGAAGCCUAAAGAGCGGGAGAUGGACUCCAAGAGUCAGGUGAUCGAGGGCAUCAGUCGGCUCAUCUGCUCCGCCAAACAGCAGCAGACCAUCCUGAAAGUCUCCAUUGACGGAUGCGAGUGGAACGACGUGAAGUUCUUCCAGCUAGCCGCUCAGUGGCCGACUCACGUCAAGUACCUUCCGGUGGGACUGUUCGGCUACAGCAAACCGCCCUCCUAGGACGGCCCACUUUCUUAACCCCGCCUCUUCAACCUGCAGCCUACAUCCCAUUGCACACCGUUGAAGAACGCUGGCCAAUCACAGCUGAGAUGAGACCGUCUCUGGUGGGUGUGUAGGUGGAGUUGAAGACGUUCGAUUCGGCGGCUUCGCUAGACUUUUAUCAGCGCUAGUCACUUUUAUUUAUUAAAGGCCCCAGAGCCACACAUGGGGGCCAAGCACAAAAUUGAGAGACACCACCAGGUGAUGACGAUUUAACAGCAUGCACCGCUUCAAUCACACUGGACACCCCUAAAUAUAUCCCUUGAUGUACCUGACCUCUUUCAUCAUCAGCAUCUAUCGAUACGUGCAGUUUAAGUCUUGCUCAAAUCUACCAUGGUAACUGCUUUUUGGAAUCUUUCUGUUGCUUAGUAACUAUGGAAUUUUGGCAGAAACUGUGGUUGCCAUGGUAGAUGUUUGUAAACAGAGAUUCAAACAUGAAAAAAGCACCAAUGAAUAUUCCAAAACUAGCAAAGUCCCUGCCUUUAUUAAGGGGGUGGAGUUAAAUGCCAGUUUUUACAUUGGAGGCGGGGCUACAAGGUGCCCACUAGCCAACUGACGAGAUUUCCUAAAAAUCAUCUUUUGCAUAGUUUUAUUCUUCCAGGCGACCAAAUCUGAAACUGCGUUGUUGCAUGUCUUAAACUACAUCACCCAUAAUGCACUGGCAAAGUUAACAUCCAGUCUACAUAUACAGAAGGUUAUUGGUUCACAUUGGUUAAUCUCUGUUAACUAGAAUAUACUAAUUCAAUUUAGUUUUAGAUUUAUUUUUAAACACUUUUAUGUCAGUUAUCAUUUUUAUUUUUUUAAGUGACCUUUUAGCUUAAACAUGUAGCUCAUCUACAGGUUUUAUUUCUUUCCAUAAAACAACACCAAAGAUCUCUGGCCGAUCAGAAUGUAAACGUUACGGGACAGAACGAGUCAGUCAUCUUUAUAACCUGGGCAAAGGCAAUGAUUUCAAGGUGGAACAAGGCCUGACGUAGAGGCUGGGCGAGCGUGGAGGUGAAGAUGACACCGAAUAAUCCAGCAGAAUUAGGGAAGAUUUAGUUUUAGAGCUUUUCUUUUUGUUUCUUGUGUGCAUCUUUACAGCUGGAAGCUGGUUUGCAAGGGUUUCAUCGGUUGUCAAAUGCUAUGCACUUAACUUGGCCUUCAUUUCUUCACAUCUUCGUCCAAAGCACAAGAAACGGAUCAGCUCCUCGUACAAGAACGCUCAAUUAAAACAUCAUUCACAAACACUACCUUUACACACUGCGAAAAUACCAGUUUCUUCAUUUUUUUUUUAGUCUUAUUUUGUUUCUUUUGUUCAAAAAUCUGAACAUAUUUAAAUUAAGACACAUUUACUUGAGAAGCAAAACGACUUAAAAAGUAAAGUCUUGGUUUCUGAUCGGAAAAAUGAUGAAGAUAAUGAACUUUUUUUCUAGUUUGAAGCAUGAAAUCAUUUUCAAGAAAACACAACUUGAUAUAUUAAGUACUUUUGCGCUGUGAACAAAACAUCAGAACUGAUCUGAGAUCAGUAAACAUCCCUUUAUUUUCUAGCUGGAGCGUGUUACAUUACUGCUAAUGGCAGCUUUCACAAGUAACGUGCUUUUAUCUGUCUAUAACUUCUGUGAGUGGUACAGUAGGUAAUGCAACUAACAACGCGUCACUAAAAUGUGGUUUUAAAAUAAUAACAAACUUAAAAACUAUCUAUGAGCUGUUGUUGUGCCACAGUAAGAGUGAAGCCAGUGUGUGUAGUGUGUGUUGGUUCAUGCGAGUGUGUGUUUGUGGUGUUAACUAUUACAAUAUUCACGGCACAAGAUUCAGCGUGUUUCCACCCAUUGCAGCUUGAAAUGCUUGAAAUGCUGAUGAAUUAUUAAUAUACAGUGAUUGUUACAUAAUUAAUCUGUUGAACUCCUAAUAUCAUUAUUAAUUCAAUUUCAAACUGAAAGAGUGAAUCUCACAAACAUGUCAUAUUUCACCACAAAAAUCAGAAGAAAAAAAUAUGAAAAUAUAUGUUGCUUCAAGAAAACCCGCCCAAAUUUAGGACUCUGCUUUGUGGCAUUACUGGACUAAUAUUUAUUACAGAUUAUAUAAGUUUUAGUUGCAUUAAGUCUAUUAUAGUUGCAUUUGUUUGCAAUUUAGUUAAUUUUUGCAUUACAGCCAUUUUUAGUAAAAUAUAUACAGUAUAUUUAAUUGUUUCUUUUGAUUUUUGAGCUAAUAUAUGACCUGGAUGUGAGGCUCUUUCUUAAGUCAUGUUUUCUGGAAUGACAGCAUCAUUUUUUUUUUCUGUGGUUAAAAGUAUUAAGAACAACAGAGUAUUAAAGUAACGAUGGGUCAGUUCGGUUUGUAUUUGUUCCUGCUUCUUACAGAGAUGUUUAGCAAUAGUUUUGAAGUGUGUGUUUUUAGUGUGUGUGUGUGCAUUAAAUGCAUCUCUCCUUUUUAUGCCCAUAUUUGUAGAUUUCUUUUUAUUUUAGUUCAUGUUGGUCAUCAGUACCGCACUACUGGACAAAUAUCCUCACAUGAAUGAUUUUCCUAUAGCAGAUAUGUUCUUACUAUGUUUUAUGUAGUUGUUCAAAUUGCAUUUAAUUAAUAUCUUUGUGAUCUAAAUAUGAAGACCCAUACUGUGGCUGUCAUAACAGCUGCAAGUAAUACUUUGAGUAUUUCAGUUUGUCCAGUGGGUUUUACAGCCUUGUCGAGGCUUUGGUCAUUCCUCAUUGGAUCGAUGAGCUUUGGUCAUUCCUCGAGCAUGGCCCCUAAAGCUUAGAGACCUUCUAGAAAAGCCCCCCGUAGAUGUUGAGCCUAUAAAGAGAAAAACCCACGCUGAACUACUUCAAAUAUCUGUGCUGUUGUUACACUUGCUGUCCGUGUUUUACGCAUGCAUGAUGGCAAAUACACAAACACUUGCAGAAACCUUCACACGAAGUGUUUUGAGUUACAACAAAUAAAUAAAUGCAAUGAUUUCGGAGUCCAGGUUACAUUUUGAUAUGGAUAUGCAUUGAAUGGAAAAAUGAGGGGCAAAAAGAGUGUCACUGCCAAAGAGUGUCAGCUGUUACAUUUUUGUGUGUGUGUGUGUUUUUUUGUGCAUGGAAAAUGAUUUUCAGUAUUUAUGGAGCAGUCUGGAAUGGGAAUGGGAAGUACCAAGUUUUCUGACUGAUUCAUUUCGAUAUUAAAGAGCGUUUCCAAUCGUUUCACUUGAACAUGGACGGUCUCUUUCUGCGUGUGUCGUGUGGAGUCUGGUCUUUGUCCUCGUACCUCUGUAUCUGCACCUGUGUUGAGUUGUCAUGUGAAAGAUCAACAACAUGAAGAGGAUUCCAGCAUUCUGAUUGGUCGACUAAUUCUCGCAAUGGCCAAUCAGAAUGCCGUUCGUCCGCUUCAGAUAUUUCUUCUCAAUGUAAUCAGUCGGAGAGAUAAAAUGCCUGAUAUCCACAAGCUUCGGCUUCAAACCCAGAGUUAACCUUCUGUGUAAAGUAAAUCACUGGUUCAUAUUUAGUCGUGGAAGAUGGAGAAGCCGAGCUUGUGGAUGGGAUAAGUAUUUUUGCACAUGCAUUUAUUAUCUUUUAGCAGUCUUCAGCUCUGCCUUUUUGCCUUUAGACAAAAAUGCUUGUACAUAUCCAAAGUGCUUGUAAUAUGAACUCAUGUCCCUUUAUUGUGUUCUUUUUUUAUUUGACAUGUUUUUGUAGUACUGCUUUUUCAUAAUUGAGUUGUCAAUCAAUAGAUGUGGUAUGGACAGUGGAAGUGUUACUUGUAUUCUUUUUUUUAUUUAAUAAACACCUGAUUUGUAAAUUC